GCUGAGGCCAAACAAACCUUUCAAAGCAUGGACAGUGCGAUUUGUCGCAUUUGCUUAAACUCAUCUGUUACGCUUGUGCACAUCUUUGCCAAGCGGCAGCAAAUACACAAGGGCAAGCCGGAGCCAUGCCUGGCGGAUAUGCUUAACGAGUGCGCCGAUUGUCACAUCAAAUCCAAUGAUACACUGACUCAACACAUUUGCCUGAGCUGCAUACUGAGCGCACAAAAUGCAUUCCGUUUCAAGCGCAUGUGUGAGGAGAGCUACCGGCAGCUGGUGGCCAGCGCCAAAUGCAGCUUGCUCAAUGGAUCCAAGAAAGGGUUAUGCAUCAAGCAGGAACAAGAGAUCACAGCUGACGAAGCGCCCAGCGAGAUUGACUCUAAUCCCAGCCAGAGACGCACACCAACGCCGACCAAAGUCAGCCAGCCACGACAUGAGCUAAAGCGUCCAAGAUCCACGAUCAACCAGCGCCCGCGGCGUUCCAGUGGCAGCCGUCAAAGGACGACCACAUCCUCACGACGCAGUCGCUCUCGUACACCCGUGCCCCUGCCCCUGCCCACUGCAAACAAAAGCAAACAAGAUGAGUCUAAAGAAACGCAGAAAAGAGCCGGCGUCCAACAGGAACCAGAGCCGAUCGCUGAGGAGGCCCAGCCCAGCGAGCUUAGCUCAAAGCCUUACAAGUGCCAAAUGUGCGGCAAGCAAUUCGCCCAUAUGAGCAUUUUGAGCCUGCACAAGAAAUGGCACCUCGAAACCAAGUCCAGUGCCAGAAUCAUUGCCAAGCCAAAGUUGGACAAGAAAAGUAACCGAUGCACCAUUUGCGAAAAGAAAUAUGCAACCAAUCAAUUGCUCAGAAGACACAUCGCGACACACAGCACGGAACGUCCAUAUGCGUGCACCAUCUGCCCGACAUCCUUUCGGCUGGUCACCAAUCUCAAGAGGCACAUGCGCAACCAUACGGGCGAACGUCCCUUUAAAUGUCCUUGGUGUGCCGAAUCCUUUGCGCGCAGCGACUAUUGUCGCAGCCACAUGGAGAAGGCUCACAGUGGUCGAACGUUUCCCGGCAGAUUGUCCCGAAAGUAGUCGUAGUCAAGGGAGCCACAUUGCCGCAAUACGGUUGAAGCAGCAGACACCGGAUAUCUUUGAGUAUUCAAAUUGAACAAAAAUAAGGCAGCGUUAAAAUGCUCCAAUUUUAUGCUAGCAUGUAAUAUAAAUUUGUAAAAU